CACAGUCUCCAUUUCAACUCAAACUCAAAACUUAGCAAGCUACUUAGCUACCUAUUCUUCUUUGACAGACGAUGUCUUGCAAAAACUUGAUCAUUCUCGCCAUUCUGCUUGUAGCAGGACGAGCAGUAGCUAGUAGGGGCAACCCAAAAACAAGCAAUAAUAAUAAUGGGGAGAUGAAACAGCCUGAGUGGUUACUUAAGUCUGAUCACAGUGUUCUCAUUCCAGGGAUAGGGAGGAUUCUGGUGCCACCGGCAUUUACCCAUCCACAUUAUCAUCCCCACAUUGGCCACACUGUAGGUGGAGGAACAGGCAUAAGUGGAGGUGGAACAGGAACUGGGACCGGCACUGGAACUGGGAGUCAUAUUCCAGGGGGUGAUGACACAUUUGUUCCCAAUCCUGGCUUUGAGGUCCCAAUUCCUGGAAGUGGUACUGGUGGUGCUAUUCCAACAGCCGCUCGUCCUUGAGUUUGUUAAGCUAGAUGUUGUUUCAAUAAAUGGCUCUGCUUGGAGCCUGUGAAUUUGAAUAAGCUGUGUGCACGCUAGGUGAUGUAAUGUGUUGAAGCUAGCUAGCAAUUGUAGUGAAUGCCAUAACUGUUGUGCAAUUAAUGAGAAUGUUUUUUCUUUUGAAUCUACAA